CAUCCAGACCCCGCGAUUGCCAUCCUAUCAUUACGCUGUGAUCUCCGUAUGACGUAUUGGAGCAUCGAGCCCAUCUACGUGUCUGGAAUUUUCUCCAACUUACUCCAAAUAUCCGUUUUCCUCUCGUCCUUUUUAACAAACACCACUGCACUCUACUGUACUUCAAGCUUGCAAACACCGUCACGAAACUUCAAAGUCAGCGUCACAUCAACUCGAAAGUCCACAUACGGCACCAAUUGAACCAAAAACCGUCAACGAAACACACCUUCAUCCAACCAUGUCCAGCAAGCCCUUCAGCUUCAUCGGCGAGGUCGUCGAGAGUGCCGUUAUCAAGGCCCCUCUCUCGUUUGUGUGGCACUUCAUCAAGCUUCAGGAGUUCGACAAGUUCUGGUCUGCCAUCUCCAAGGCCGAGCAUGUCAAGGGCACUAGUGAGGAGACCGACAUUGUGAGGUGGACCUUCAAGGACGGCAACGUCAUUGAGGUCAAGCAGGAUGAGCACAGCAACCUCGAACACUUCAUUACCUUCAGUGUCAUCAAUGCCGAACCUGAGCUGAGCUACUCCAGCGUCGUCAAUACCAUCCGCCUCUGGCCUGUAACUUCAGGCGAGUUUGCCAACACCACCUUUAUCCGUUGGAGUACCAGGUUUUCGAGUGAUGCCGAUUUGGGUGUGAUCGAGGAUGCCAAGUACAAGCGUCAGGAUGCCUUGAAGGAUUUGUCCAAGGCGGCGGAGAAGAUGCUUGCUGAGGAGAGGAAGUAGAGUGGAGAAUCACAGCAUGGGGACUACACCAGGCCACCAGAGACGGCACGUUUGGGGGAUAGUGGAUGUGGCCGUUUGAUGUGAUCACACUAUUCGAUAUCAUUACGACUUGAAUUACACAUCAAAAGUUCGAAUUACUCACUCCGGUCCAC